CAAAAGCUUCAGUACUUAAAGAAAAAAGAGAAAGGACAAAGAAAAAAUGUUGAAGAAAUGACACCACGAGAGCAACGAAUAACUAGAAAAAAAUGGAAAAAUUAUUCAUCAAACUACAGGCAAAGAAAACGGCAAUUGAAACAAACCACUAAUAAUUUUAUACGCCAGAAUAGUCCUCCAAUAACUGACGACGAAAUACAACCCAUAAUUAAUGAAGAAAUCAGACCUGUUAUGAACGAAGACCAAAGAGCAAAAGAAGCUAAAAAGAGAAGUGAAAGACAGAGAAAAUCUAGAAACAAGGAAAUAAAAAAGAUGAAGGCUAUAGUUUCAAAGCUUAAAACUAAACUAAAUACUCAGCGUCAAAAGUAUAAACGAGUCAAAAAGCAGCUAAAAAAAGUAAUAAAAUCUGUUGAAAAAACGCCAAAGACCAGAAUUGAAGACAUGAGUGAAGAUAUAACUAAAAAGAAAGAAUUAGUGAAGAAGGCCCUUUUUGGGGAAGUUAUUAAAACACAAUUGGAAGAAAACUACACUAAACUAAAGACUCAUGAAGAAAGAAAGAAAUUUAAACAAGUUAUAUCUGGAAAUUUAGUAGACAAAUACAAACUAUGGAGAAUAAAAAACAAAGCAGUCACCUACAAAAAAACUGGACAUAAUCUGACAAAUAAAAAAAUAAAUAAAAGCAAAACUAUAAUACAAGGAUUAGUGCAGAAAUUUUUCGAAGAUGAUUCUAACAGCCGUCAAGCUGCAGGAAAGAAAGAAUUUGUAUCUCGUAAACAAGUCAAAAAACAGAAGAGAUAUUUACUUGAUACAAUGAAAAACCUUCAUAAGAAAUUUUUAAAAACCACUCCAUGUGUAAUCAGCUAUUCCCUAUUUACCCGACUUCGACCAUUUUGGGUGGUACCCCCUACAUUGUCAAACCGUGAAACUUGUAGUUGCACGAUUCACGAAAACAUGAACCUUCAACUUGCUGCUCUAAAGAAGGCAAAUAUAACAACAGUGAGUAAUCAUCAAAAUAUGUUGGAACUGCUUUGUUGUGAUCGAUAUUCUGAAAGAUGUCUAGAGAGAACAUGUGAUAACUGUUGCUCAAAAACUCUGACUUAUACUGAAUUCGAUAACUCAAAACCAAUAUUAAUAAAACAGUGGGUGAGUAAGAAAGAGUCAAUAACAGAUCUGAAAACGAAGAAACAACGAUUUGUGAUGAAAUGUAAAACAGAAACACAGGAAAUGUCACCUAGAAAUGCCAUUACAAAACUAGAAAAUGAUAUGGUUAAAUUUUUCCGGCAUUCUUUUAACAUAUUACAUCAGUACAAUGCCAUUAAGCAAUUGAAAGAGUCUUUAUCUGAAACCGAUGUCAUUGUACAUAUGGAUUUUUCCGAAAAUUUUUGUACUAAAUACAACCAAGAAAUUCAAUCCUUCCAUUUCGGCGGUUCGAGAACCCAAAUUUCAUUACAUACUGUUGUCGUUUAUCUAAAAAACUCCGUUAUUUCACACUGCACUAUCUCGACUAAUUUGUCUCACAACGCUGGAGCAAUUUGGGCUCAUCUAAAACCUGUGCUGGCAUCACUACCAUCAAAUAUUGAAAACAUUCACUUUCUCAGCGACGGUCCUGUAACGCAAUACAGGAACAAAUCUAUGUUUUAUGUAUUAGGCUGUAAACUGCAAGACAUUCUCCCUAAUAUUAUAAAUUAUACCUGGAACUUUCAUGAAGCUGGACAUGGGAAGGGGGCACCCGAUGGUGUAGGGGCCACUUGUAAACGAACAGCAGACCAAGUGAUUGCUACAGGAGGAGAUAUAACUAACCUGAAUGAGUUCGCUACUGUCAUUCGUGAAAGAUGCCCAGGUAUAAAAAUUGAUGUGAUCGAAGAGUGUCAAAUUGAGAAGAUGAACACCAUCAUUAAUGAUAAGUCGUCCGAAAUGGUCGCUUUUAAGGGAACACUAUUGGUGCAUCAGGUGACUGGCACAGCUUAUAUAUUCCCAACAAUCUUACAAUGAAGUCACUAAGUUGUUUUUGUCAUACCGAUGGAUGUAAUCAUUACAAGUUAGGAUCUAUUAGUUAUCAGACAGAAAUAAGUGCUAUAAAUAGUACACGUAUAAAUACUUCUACCGUAUUCUCAGACUCUGAAGAUGAUGUACCACUAUCUACAUAUGUUAAAGACAAUGAUGAUCGCUCUAAAUUGGAUAGAGAUCUAUCGGCACCAGGAACUAGCGGUUAUUCGCACCAUCAAAGUCGUUAUAAUAGUGGUGAUUAUGUUUUGGUCAAAUAUAUCACAAAGAAAACAGAAUAUCAUUAUGCAGCGGUCUGCUCUUCGGUUGAUGAUGAAGACGGUGAAGUAAGAGUAACUUUUCUUAAAAUUUGUGACCAGAAUGGCACUCUGUUUAAAUUGGAUGAAAGAGAUGUGUCAGAUGUUCCCAUGGAUCAAGUAAUAAAAAAACUACCCGUACCAAACCUCAUUACUAAAGGGAAGAGAGUUUAUUACCAAUUUCAGGAAAAAAUUGAUGUUUUCGAAAAAUAAUUUCUUAUUUUUGCACUAUUUUGAUCCUUUAUUUUCGUUUUUUUUU